AUACAAAUAUGGAGCCUUUGCAAAGAGACAUAAAAAGUGAGAGAGAGAGAGAGAGUGUGCAAUGGCGAAACCACACGCAGUGAUAGUACCACACCCAGCACAAGGCCACAUGAACCCCAUGCUAAAACUAGCAAAACUCCUCUACCUAAAGGGCUUCUACAUAACCUUCGUCAACAGCGAGUACAACCACAACCGCCUCCUCCGGGCCCGGGGUCCGACCGCCCUCGACGGCUUGCCGGGCUUCAAAUUCGCCGCCGUAGCCGAAGGCCUCCCGGCCGAGGUCGACGGCGUCGAGACCAACGUCCAGGAGCCUUACAUCCACUGCGACGCCCUGCUGAGGGAAACCCCCUUGCCUUUCUUCAAAGAGUUCGUCGACGAUCUCAGAUCCUCAACGGAGGUUCCGCCGAUUUCGUGCUUCGUUUGUGACGGGAACAUGACUUUCCCGCUCAAAGUCGCCCGAGAAAUCGGCGUGCCUUGUGCGCUCUUUUGGACCCCGAGUGCGUGUGGUGUCUUGGGGUAUGCCUAUUAUCGGAAACUCAUCGAACGGGGGCUUGUGCCACUCAAAGACGAGAGUUGUUUAACAAAUGGAUACCUGAACACAGUGGUAGAUAUUCCAUCUAUGGAGGGUAUACGUUUGUGGGAUCUUCCACAUUUUGUCAGGACCACAGACACAGAACAUAUUAUGUUCAAAUUUCUCAUGACUGAGGUUGAAAAAGCCUAUAAUUGUUCGGCCAUUAUUCUUAACACGAUUGACGCGUUAGAACACGGUGUUCUUGAUACGCUACGGACGAUGUUUCCUCCGAUAUAUGCCAUAGGGCCUCUAAAUUUGAUUGAGAAGAAGCAAAUCCCUGAAAGCAGUGCAUUGAACUCUAUUGGAUUAAAUCUGUGGAAGGAGGAUUUAGACUGCCUCGCUUGGCUCGACAAGAAAGAACCCAACUCAGUCAUUUAUGUGAAUUUCGGCAGCGUUGUCCGAAUGUCAUCCCAAGAGUUGGUUGAAUUUGGUUGGGGGCUUGCAACUAGCAAGCAGAAUUUCUUGUGGGCAAUCAGACCCGGCCUUCUAGGUGGUGAAUCUGCAGUUUUUCCGCCGGAGUUUGAGGUUGAGAUUAAAGAGAGGGGUCUACUGGUAGGUUGGACUCCUCAAGAGAAAAUUCUUCGCCACCCGUCUGUCGGAGGGUACUUGACACACUGCGGCUGGAAUUCUGUUCUUGAAAGUAUUGUCGAAGGAGUGCCAAUGAUAUGUUGGCCUGCUUGGGCGGAACAGUACACCAACUGUUGGUUCCUCUGGAAGCACUGGGGAUUGGGCAUGGAGUUAACAAAUGUCGAGAGGAAGGAAGUGGAGAGGCUUGUGAGAGAGCUUAUGGUUGGAGAGAAUGGUAAAAAAAUUAAGGCAAAAGCCUUCGAGUGGAAGAAGGUUGUUGAAGAUGCCGUCACUGUUCCAGCUGGGUCCUCUUGCGUGAAUUUCGACAACCUAAUUAACGAGGUGCUCCUCUCCAAAUUUCAAACAUGUUAGUGUGCUGUUUGAUACUCUCUUUUUUGUUCUGUUAAUUUUCUGGUUUGCUUUCAUCAGAUUAUCUGUUUGUGCUGAAGUGUGAGUGUGCCAUACUUAUACGUGUAAAAUAACAACAAGACUACAUCCAUCGCUUAACAUUUA